AUGGUUUAUUUAUCAACAGGUGUAUCUAUAAGCUAUGUUGCGCCAUACAAUCGUUUUAGACGACAGGGUUGGUCUUGGGGCCAAACACAGACUUCAAGACCAAUUGGAAACACCCAGCAGCCUUCUUUGAUAAGAACUACCACGAGAAGACCACCUCCUUCAUCAUCUGAUGAUACUAAUUCCUUCCCGGAUCCAACAGUUGCAAUGCCGCCUUCACCACAAUUGGCCGCAUGUCUUGCUAGAUGUUCCACAACUCCUGAAUAUAAUCCUGUUUGUGCCAGUGAUGGCAACACCUAUCACAAUAGACAGAGGCUGAUGUGUCAAAAUAGUUGUACAUCCGAAGAUAUUCAGUUUGUGCGCCUUGGAACAUGUGCCCCUCUGUAAAACCGACAACACUUAUAAUUAGUC